AUGGAGGUUUCACUGUCUUUGGACACCAGGUGGGCUGAUAACUUCAGUGCUGCCGGCUGUGGUGGGACGGCAGAGCACGGCUUCCAGCACCCCUUCCUGCAGGCUGUGGGCAUGUUUCUGGGUGAAUUUUCCUGCCUGGGAGUGUUUUACCUGUUAGUGUGCAGGGAUAGGCGGAGGCCGGAGCCCAGCAUGGCCCCAUCGCAGCCCUUCAACCCACUGCUCUUCCUGCCCCCUGCCCUCUGCGACAUGACGGGAACCAGCAUCAUGUAUGUGGCCUUGAACAUGACAAGUGCCUCCAGCUUCCAGAUGCUGCGAGGGUCUGUCAUCAUCUUCACUGGGCUCCUCUCCGUGGCCUUCCUGGGCCGCAAACUAGAGCUGAGCCAGUGGCUGGGCAUCCUGGUCACCAUUGUGGGGUUGGUGGUGGUGGGGCUGGCUGACCUGCACAGCACCCAUGAUCAGAAACACAAGCUCAGCGAGGUGAUAACUGGUGAUCUCCUCAUCGUCAUGGCACAGGUGGUUGUUGCCAUCCAGAUGGUGCUGGAGGAGAAGUUUGUCUACAAGCAUGAUGUGCACCCGCUGCAGGCUGUCGGCACUGAAGGUUUCUUUGGUUUUAUCAUCCUCGCCCUGCUGCUGGUGCCCAUGUACUACAUCCCAGCAGGAAGCUUCAGCGGGAAUCCACGCCAGACGUUGGAAGAUGCCUUGGAUGCCUUCUGCCAGAUCGGCCACCGUCCCCUUAUUGCCCUGGCCCUGCUGGGGAACAUCAGCAGCAUUGCUUUCUUCAACUUCGCUGGCAUCAGUGUCACCAAGGAGAUCAGCGCCACCACUCGCAUGGUCUUGGACAGCCUCCGGACGCUUGUCAUCUGGGCUGUCAGCUUGGCCUUAGGUUGGGAGACCUUCCAUGGCCUGGAGAUCUUGGGUUUUGGGGUGCUGCUGGUGGGUGCUGCUCUUUACAAUGGCCUGCACCGACCUCUGCUCACUCGCCUGCCCUGGGGGCACCUGGAGACCAGUGGGGGGCCUGAAGGGGAGGGUUUGCUGCAUGGGGAGAGCACGGCCAUCAACAGCGAGGGCUAA